AUGGCGGGCGAGGACCACCAGUGGCAGGGCAGCAUCCUCUACAACAUGCUCAUGAGCGCUAAGCAAACGCACGCAGCUCCAGAGGCGCCCGAGGCGCAGCUGAGAAGCCCGUGCUGGGGCUGCUCCUGCGGUGCGGAGCCCUCAGUGGGCAGACAGGGGCUGCCGGGUGGGCGGGCAGUGGCGCUCCUGUACCGCUGCUGCUUCUGCGGUGAAGACCACCCGCGGCAGGGCAGUAUCCUCUACAACAUGCUCACGAGCGCAAAACAAAUGCGUGAGGCUCCGGAGGCGCCCAAGGCACCUCUGGGGGGCUCGUGCUGGGGUUGCUCGUGCGGCGCAGAGCCCCCGGUGGGCAGAGAGGGGCUGCAGGGUGGGCGGCCCAUGUCGCUCCUGUACCGCUGCUGCUUUUGCGGUGAAGACCACCCACGGCAGGGCAGCAUCCUCUACAGCUUGCUCACCAGCGCAAAGCAAACGCACGUGGCUCCGGAAGCUCCGGAGGCGCGGCCGAGGGGCGUGUGGUGGGACCGUUCCUACAGCGCGCAGAGGCUGGGGGACAGAGAGGAGCAGCCGGGAGGGAGAGCAGUGGCGCUCCUGUACCGCUGUGGCUUUCACGGUGAAGACCACUCGCGGCCGGGCAGCAUCCUCUACAACACGCCCACGAGUGCAAAGCAAACUCAGGCGGCUUCAGAGGUGCAGCAGGGGGCCCCCUGGCGGGACCCUUUCUGUGGCGCGCAGCGGCGAGUGGCCCUCAAGAGUCCACAGGUGGUCUGCGAGGCAGCCUCCGCGGGCCUGUUGAAGACGAUGCGCUUCGUCAAGUACUUACCCUGCUUCCAGGUGCUGCCCUUGGACCAGCAGCUGGUGCUGGUGCGCAGCUGCUGGGCGCCGCUGCUCAUGCUGGAGCUGGCCCAGGACCGCUUGAACUUCGAGACGGUGGAGACCUCGGAGCCCAGCCUGCUGCAGAGGAUCCUCACCACCAGGCGGCGGGAGACGGUGAGCGACGAGCCGCCGCCCCUGCCCACGCUGCAGCCACGCUUGGUAUCGCCGCCAGAGGCCGACCAUUUGCUGUCGGCUGCUCAGAUCCAAGCCAUCAAGGGCUUCCUUGCCAGGUGCUGGAGCCUGGACAUCAGUACCAAGGAGUAUGCCUACCUCAAGGGGACCGUGCUCUUUAACCCGGACCUGCCAGGCCUGAAGUGCGUGAAGUACAUCCAGGGACUUCAGUGGGGAACGCAGCAGAUUCUCACCGAACACAUCAGGAUGACACACAGGGGGCACCAGACCAGAUUCGCUGAGCUGCACAGUGCCCUCUUCCUGCUGAGAUUCAUCAAUGCCAAUGUCAUUGCUGACCUGUUCUUCAGGCCCAUCAUUGGCACAGUUAGCAUGGAUGAUAUGAUGCUAGAAAUGCUCUGUGCGAAGUUGUGAAGGCAUGUGGGUCACACAAGUGCAGUUCACCAAGAAGGAAA